UAAAUACGAUUCUCGAUCCGCACUCCAUACCAGUCGGUGGCGGUAAGGUACUUAAACGGUGUUUGUCGGCCUCUAUAAAACACAAAGAGGAAGAGGAAGCAGUCGAAGAAGCAGGAGGAACUAUAGUCAACGGGGCAGUUGAAGUCGGAGGUAUUUAGGCGUUGCACUUAAACAUGUCUGUUCAGUUGUACAGACUUCUGUUCUCUCGUGGCUCGACGUCGUCACUGCACAGAUGUUUGGCUCCACAGAGAUUCAAGUCAGACGUCACUUCCCAUCACGAUCCACACAGGUGGAGGUCGCGGUCACAUCGGACAUGAAGACUGUUGUGUGUUAUCAUCCUACUGUCGACGUGCCCUAUGACCUCACACAGGCUAUUGAGCAUCCAGACCCAGUCAGCAGCCCUCCCGAGAGCCACGAUCAGGUUCUUAAGGCCCACCUGGACCAGCGGCAGCCAGCAGGUCCUUCCAUCGAGCAGCUGAGUCGCAUGUUCUUCACCACAAAACACCGCUGGUACCCUGUUGGACAAUAUCACAGUAGGCGCAGGAAGAAAUCUCCGCCCCAGGACAGAUGAUUGACAGCUGUCCAUGAUCCUUUAAUAAACUGCUCAGUGUCUCAUAA